AUGCAUCAACUGUUCAGACUGGUCUUGGGACAAAAAGAUCUUUCACGAGCUGGCGACCUCUUCUCCUUAGAUGACUCUGAGAUUGAAGACAGCCUGACAGAAGCUUUGGAGCAAAUUAAAGUCAUUAGCUCAUCUUCAGAUUACCAAACCAAUAACAAUGACCAAGCAGUGGUUGAAAUCUGUAUCACGCGAAUCACAACAGCCAUUAGAGAGACAGAGUCAAUUGAAAAGCACGCAAAGGCCCUUAUCGGGCUCUGGGACUCCUGCUUGGAACACAACCUGAGACCCUCCGGGAAAGAUGAAGACACUCCCCAUGCAAAAAUCGCAUCCGAUAUCAUGAGUUGUAUUUUACAGAAUUACAACCGGCCCCCUGUGAUGGCAUUAGCCAUCCCCAUUGCAGUGAAAUUCCUCCACAGAGGCAACAAGGAACUGUGCAGGAAUAUGGCCAACUACCUGUCCCUGGCUGCAGUGACCAAGGCAGACCUCCUGGCCGAUCACACAGAGGUUAUAGUAAAGAGCAUACUCCAAGGUAAUGCCAUGUUGUUGAGGGUGCUCCCUGCUGUGUAUGAUAAGCAGCCUCAGCCAAUUAACAGACACCUGACAGAGCUCCUCACCUUGAUGUCUCAGCUGGAACAACCAGAACAGUACCAUCUUCUACGGCUUUUGCAUGUAGCUGCAAAGAGGAAGCAACCAGAGGUGGUUCAAAAGUGUAUUCCUUUCCUAAUCGGGCAUUUGAAGGAUUCGUCCCAUAAUGACAUCAUCCUAAGCAUCCUCAUAGAGAUAGCAGGCUAUGAGCCAGUGGCUUUGAAUGAUUUUCUUCCAAUGCUGAAGGAGAUUGCUGAGAGAUUCCCCUACCUCAUUGGACAAAUGGCGAGAAUCUAUGGAGCUGUUGGGCAUGUGGAUGAAGACAGAGCCAGGAGCUGCCUGCCGUUCCUGGUGAGUCAGCUGGCCAACAUGGAGCACUCGUUUCACCAUAUUCUCCUGCGGGAAAUUAAGAGCAUCACGGACACCUUCUCCUCCAUCCUGGGCCCUCAGAGCAGAGACAUCUUCCGCAUGAGCAACAGCUUCAUUGCCAUUGCCAGGCUCCUUACCCGACACCUGGAAACCACCAAGGCCAGAAAUGACAGGAGAAAACCCAGUACCGAAAUCGAAUUUCUUGAGAAGCUGGAAGAAGCCAAGCUCACUGUAGAUGAAAAUGAAGACCAUGAAAAGCUCCAAGUUAAAAUACAGGUUUUUGAGGACAAAAUAAAUGCUAAGGGCAACACUCCCGGCUCUAUUAGAAGAUAUAGUUUGGACCAAGUUUCUAAGGAAGAAAGAAAAGACAUUAGAUUUAAUAGGUCAAAGAGUUUGGCUUUGCACACUGUGCUGACAAAUGCCUUGAGUUCAGAGGAUGGGGAAGCUGUAGAGAGUGGAGAUACGCCAGCCAACAUCUCUCUUUCAGAAACAGACCCACUUGGCCAAGGACAUGACAGGUCGCCCUUUAAGGCAGACACUGAUGGAUCACAGCUGGUAAAUUCUGCAGUUUCACACCCAAGUACUAUACAUAUAGAAUCUGAGAAUUUGCCAGAAACAUUUAAAGAAAACUGUCAGGAAGAAACUCCAGAGACAACCACAAGUCCUGUAGAAUACCAUGAUAAGCUCUACUUGCACUUAAAGGAAAACCUCAGUAAAGUGAAAGCAUAUGCUGUGGAAAUGGGAAAGAAGAUUCCAGUCCCUGACCAGUGUACCAUUGAAGAUUCUGUUAGAAGUUGUGUAGCAAAGCUGUUCUUCACUUGCUCCCUGAAGGGUCAUUACUGCCUCUACAGUAAGUCCAGUUUUAUUCUCAUCAGCCAAGAACCUCAGCCGUGGAUCCAGAUCAUGUUCCUGUUUCAGCAGAGCGUGUUUCCUGAGCCCCUGUCCAUACAGAGUCGUUCUGUGCAAUUCCUCAGCGCUCUGUGGGAGAAGACCCAGGCAGAGGGUGCUCACAGCUUUGAAACAGCCAUGAUGGAGUCCACAUUCCUGCAGCAGAAGGAUCUGGACCAGGUACAGCUCCAUCUGGAAGAAGUGAGGUUCUUUGACGUGUUUGGCUUCAGUGAAGCAGCAGGAGUGUGGCAGUGCUUCAUGUGCAACAAUCCUGAGAAAGCAACUGUUGUAAAUCAAGAUGGCCAGCCUCUCAUAGAAGGAAAACUUAAAGAGAAGCAAGUCAGAUGGAAGUUCAUCAAAAGGUGGAAAACCCGUUAUUUUACACUGGCUGGAAAUCAACUUCUGUUUCAAAAAGGAAAGUCUAAAGAUGAUCCUGAUGACUCACCAAUAGAGCUCAGCAAAGUACAGAGUGUGAAAGUUGUGGCCAAGAAACGCAGGGACCGCUCUCUCCCCCGGGCUUUCGAAAUCUUCACAGACAAUAAAACCUAUGUUUUCAAGGCCAAGGAUGAGAAGAAUGCAGAAGAGUGGCUCCAGUGCAUCAACGUGGCAGUUGCCCAAGCAAAGGAGAGGGAAAGUAGGGAGGUAACCACAUAUCUGUAG